UACACUUUGUUCUCUCUCUCUCUGGAGCUUUUCUUGAGCCCUCGAUUUUCUCUCCUUUGGAAUCCAAAUCGUCGUUCUGUUCCUUUCUUCUCCCUUCCCUAACAAUGUAACACCCAUCCUCUCCCGCCUGCCUUGAAUCAUUUCUCGGCUGGCCACUCUCUCUCUCUCUCUCUCUCUCUCUCUCUCUCUCUCUCUCUCUCACACACACACACACACACACACACAGAGAACCAAUAACCAUGGUACUAACAGCUCAAAAGAAGACACUCCACUCCAAGCUCGCACUCAAGCUCAGCAAGCUCACCAUCCCCGAAUCCUCCUCCUCCACCUCCGCCACCGUCGACUUCGAUUUCUCCGACGUCUUCGGCCCCACUCCACCCUCUUCAUCCUCCCAAUCCUCCUCCUCCUCCUCCUCCUCCUCCUCCUCAGCCCUCGCCGCCGCUGCCGAUCCGGAAAUCAUCCACCACCGCUCCCACUCCUUCGUCGGCCCCUCGCCCCGGUUUGCCCCCUCCAACCCCUCCCCCGUCGACGCCGCCCUAGACUCCGACGAGAACGAGGACGAGAUAGGGGUGAUCGAGGUCGAACCCGAGGCGGCGGGGAAGAUUGGGCCGGGGGAUUUUGAGAUACUUAGGGUUGUGGGGAAGGGCGCGUUUGGGAAGGUGUUUCAGGUGAGGAAGAAGGGUAGGGAUGGAAUCGGUGGUGGUGAUGGGAUAUUGGCAAUGAAGGUGAUGAGGAAGGAGACGAUUAUAAAGAACAAUCAUGUGGAUUACAUGAAGGCUGAGAGGGAUAUACUCACUAAAGUUGUGCAUCCUUUUAUUGUCCAGCUUCGAUACUCUUUUCAGACGAAGUCUAAGCUGUAUUUGAUCCUUGAUUUUAUUAACGGAGGACAUCUCUUCUUUCAUUUGUACCGACAGGGAAUUUUCAGUGAGGAUCAGGCAAGGAUUUAUGCCGCUGAGAUAGUUGCUGCUGUUUCACACCUUCACAAGUGUGGAAUCGUGCAUCGUGAUCUUAAACCUGAAAACAUUCUCAUGGACACUGACGGGCAUGUUUUACUAACAGAUUUUGGACUCGCAAAGGAAAUUGAUGAAUCAAGCAGAUCAAAUUCAAUGUGUGGUACCACGGAGUACAUGGCUCCAGAAAUCCUACUUUCUAAAGGCCACAACAAAGAUGCAGAUUGGUGGAGUGUUGGGAUACUCUUGUAUGAAAUGCUGAGUGGGAAGCCCCCGUUCACCCACGCAAAUAGAAAAAAGCUUCAGGAGAGGAUCAUCAACGAGAAAGUUAAGCUUCCACCGCGCCUAACCAGUGAAGCUCAUUCCUUGCUAAAAGAACUGCUUCAAAAGGAUCCAUCAAAAAGACUCGGAAGUGGCCCUAGGGGAGCAGAUGAGAUCAAAAGUCAUAAAUGGUUUCGCUCAAUCAACUGGAAAAAAUUGGAGGCCAGAGAACUGCAGCCCAAAUUCAAGCCGGAUGUGAUGGGAAAAGAUUGCACUGCCAAUUUUGACAAGUGUUGGACCGCAAUGCCUCCAGAUGACUCGCCGGCCGCCACACCAACAACAGGCGAGCAUUUCCAGGGGUAUACCUACGUGGCCCCUAAUCCUUGGCUCUCCUUGACAGGAAUUGAAGGGUCAUCGACACAACCAAGCAAUCCACUUUAAAACCUUAAGCCUUGCCCUGUCGAAGUUUCAAAUACUACUCCACCGCAAGAGCCAAAGAGCAGCUCAAGGCCAGUUGUAUCUUACCUGAUUGAGCCGACCGAAGGGUAUUAUAAGUCGUCGUAUACCAUUCCAAUUCACGAAGAGCUGACCAGCGUCGACAGGAGGGCUUCGGAUUUUAUCAGAAGGGUUCAUGAGAAGAUCAGGUAUGAUUCUGGGGAAGCAGCAUCAAACCCACACCAUGUGUACUGAUGUAGCUAGCUUUCUUGCUGCUUUGUCUGUGUGUAACUUUUUCGGCUUUUUGCUUUCUGUCUGCUGUUGUGGUUGAAAUAAUUAAUCAGUUUUAAUCGGUAAUGUGCUUUGCUUGCUUAAUCAAGUUUGUGAUUAGCGCUAAAGCAUAGGAGAUUCUCUGUUUCUCAACUAGGGCUUAUGUAACGUACGUUUCUGUUUGAUAUGUAGUUGGUCCUCUUUUUCAGAA